AAUCAGAUUGCGAACGUACGUGCAAAGUGAAAAGGCGAAGGGGAAAUGAGCGCUAGUACUACAUCUGUAAUGUGGCGCUUUUUGUUAUCCUACCGUCCAAUUGGCGUGUAUAGUGCCAUUCCUCAUCCUACCUACGUCUCUGUCUUUCAUCGGCAUGUUUGUUUACCGGCUCGACAUCACAGCCAGCUCUGUGUUGGACUUGGUAUGGUAUCUGGUAGUGUCAGUAGCUUUCCAAUUGAACCUCUUCUUUUACGGUUCCUCGCCUCCUCCAACGUAAGGUGUCUGUACGCAAAAGAUGACUCACUAAAGCACGAAUUUAUAGGUCUCCAGUAGUCCAGCAGAGGAACAGGCUUCUUCUCCUCAGUAUCCUCAGUCGUAUG